GGACGCAGCGGAAAUCUGAUCGAUAGACUGUAUCGAUAAGCUCAUAUAUAAGGCUAAUGAUCACGCCUGCCUAUGUUUGUUUAACCUGUUUGGGAGAGUAUGCUGUGGGACUAUGAACAAACUGCUGACAAGGUCUGUGGGAGUUCAUGGAUCAGUUUUUUGGCACCUCAAGAGAAUUUAGUGUUGAAAUGACGAUAUGCGUUUUGCAAGAUGACUGCCACAGUCGGCAUAGUCAUGGACGAACCAGAUCAACUAGUUGCUUUGCUGUACAGAGCAGCUGCUCCGAUUCCAGUGUAAGCACUCUCUGUUUGGAAUUGGUCUGGAAUUAUGGGGUGACCGCUCAAUCGACUGGGUGAAAAAAAGCCAUGGAUGUGAACUACUCCACGGUCCUGGACAGCAGUGUGUCGCCACGCGAUUCGUCCAAGCGAGUUCUGACUGGUUGUUUCCUCUCUCUGCUCAUCCUGACCACCCUACUGGGAAACACGCUGGUCUGCGCGGCCGUCACAAAGUUCCGGCACCUGCGAUCAAAAGUCACCAACUUCUUUGUUAUAUCGCUGGCUAUUUCAGACUUGCUGGUGGCCAUUUUGGUGAUGCCAUGGAAAGCGGCGACUGAGAUUGUAGGGUUCUGGCCAUUUGGCGCCUUCUGUAAUGUAUGGGUGGCCUUUGACAUCAUGUGUUCCACUGCCUCCAUCUUGAACCUGUGCGUCAUCAGCGUGGACCGCUACUGGGCCAUUUCCAGCCCGUUCCGCUAUGAACGCAAGAUGACGCCCAAGGUGGCGUUCAUCAUGAUCAGCGUUGCGUGGACACUGUCCAUCCUAAUCUCCUUCAUCCCUGUGCAGCUAAACUGGCAUAAAGCCCAGACAACAAGUUACACAGAGUUGAACGGAACCUACGGCGAGCUUCCCCCUGACAACUGCGAUUCCAGCCUUAAUCGAACGUAUGCCAUUUCCUCUUCCCUGAUCAGUUUUUACAUACCUGUGGCCAUCAUGCUGGUCACCUACACCCGCAUCUACCGCAUUGCCCAGAAGCAGAUACGCCGGAUCUCUGCUCUAGAACGUGCAGCGGAGAGCGCCAAGAACCGCCACAGUAGUAUGGGUAACAACGUCAGUAUGGAGUCUGAAAGUUCCUUCAAGAUGUCCUUCAAGCGUGAAACCAAAGUUCUCAAAACCCUCUCGGUGAUCAUGGGUGUCUUCGUAUGCUGCUGGCUGCCCUUCUUUAUCUUGAACUGCAUGGUUCCAUUCUGCGACCCUAACGAGAGUGCCGACUUACCGUGCAUCAGUUCCACCACCUUUGAUGUCUUUGUAUGGUUCGGUUGGGCCAACUCCUCACUCAACCCCAUCAUCUAUGCCUUCAACGCUGACUUCCGAAAGGCGUUCUCCAUCCUGCUGGGCUGCCAUCGACUCUGCCCUGGCAGCAACGCUAUAGAGAUUGUGAGUAUUAACAACAAUGGGGCCCCUCAUUCUUCUUCCCAGUACCAACCAAAGGGCCACAUCCCGAAAGAGGGCAACAGCAGCAACUAUGUGAUCCCUCACAGUAUCCUCUGCCAGGAUGAGGAGACCCAGAAGCACGAGGACUUUGGGGUAAAAACCUUUGAGAAACUGUCCCCGUCUAUGUCGGGCAACUUGGAUAGCGAUGCUGAUGUUUCCCUGGAAAAGAUCAACCCCAUAACACAAAAUGGGCAGCACAAAUCCUUACCGUCCUGAUUAUUCUGCUGUCAAAAUGCUAUGUGAUGUGAACAAACAGCCCUUAUUUCUACGCAGUACGGAAUCCAAAAAAGCUUCACUGAGAACCUUAAUAACUAAUAUUCUGACAAAAUGAAACUUGUGGAAAACAAAAGAAUGUUCCAAAGGAAGGCACUUUAUGCUGGAUAACUAUCUGCAAAAUAUUCACAGCAUUUAUUAUUGACGUUAACAGGUCUUUUGUCACAAGACAUUAAUGGAAAGUAAUGUGAAUAAACCAUGUGUGCAUAUGUAUACAUGUUAUACAUUUUAAAUGUGUAUACAUGUGCAUGCCUAUUCGGUUGUGAUAGAAGUACUGUCCGGGCUGUUAUGCAAGGACAAGAGUUAGAACAUUAGUUGCUUAAACGGCUCAUAAGUAGAGAUAUUUGGUUGCAUCUACUGUUGAGAAUAAAAUGUACAUAUUGUUGUUUAUAUUCUUCACCAGUUAUCAGAGUUGGCUAAGUCAACAUCUCCUUGCGCUGCUAGUUGUGAUAAUUGUAUUCCAGCAAACGUGCAAAACCACCUCAUAAUGUGAUGGAGAGAAGUAGCUGUUCUUAUCCAGUCAUAUGUUGGGGGGGGGGGUGAUACAUUUUCUGCUAUGUGAUUUAUCAGCUGUGGAUAUGGCCAUGAUAUUUGGAUGUAUUCAACUCUUCAGUAGUCAUAGUGCAGGACAGCACAGGGGAGAAAAUAUGAUCUCAGUAAUCUCACAGGUCGUUUACCCACCCUUCGAUUGUCAUUACUCUCAUACUUAAAGACACUUUAAGAGGAAUUUUUAUUUAAUUUUAAACCCCAUCCGCAAGAGGCCUGUUGGUGUACUUGUAUCCAUCACAGGAUUUUAUUUUAAAGUUAGGUUACGUCUUUGAAAGAAGUCUGAUGUGGUCUGCUAAU